UGUGCAGUCACAGGGUUUGUUGAGCACGUAGAACAGUCCACCCCCCCCCACGCACGCACAUUUAACCGCGGCUCGCGCGUCUCAACUGUUGCCGACUGCGCCUGCAUCGCGAGUGGACAACAUCGUCCUUCCCGUCCUUGAUCCGCUUGCAACAGGAAAGUGCAGCGAAAACUUAUUUUCAGCGCGGGAUAGAAAUUUUUCUCGUGUUUUUCGAAGGAAACGUGCACUACGGUGAUCUUUAUGAGCAAUUAAAGGGGAUUUAUCCUCCGUUAUCCUCCGGGACUGUGUUUUUUGGGGGAAUAAAGCUUGCUUUCCACUUGCGUCAGCGCUCCGCACGGGCGACAUGGAGAGGAUCCCGAGUGCGCAGCCUCCUCCGUGUGUCCAGAAGCAGUCCGCGCUGGAUCUGGCGGACAUGGCACGAAUGGAUUACCCAAUAUACGUGUACAAGCCUCGGAGAGGAGUGAAACGCGGAGACGACAGCAAGGAUACAUAUAAGUUACCCCACCGUUUGAUCGAGAAGAAAAGACGCGACAGAAUAAACGAAUGCAUCGCGCAGUUGAAGGAUUUGCUGCCGGAACACCUUAAACUUACUACGCUGGGACACUUGGAAAAGGCAGUGGUGUUGGAGCUCACGCUGAAGCACGUGAAGGCGCUCAACAGCUUGCUGGAACAGCAGCAGCAGCAAAUUAUUUCUCUGCAGAACGGGAUGCAUAUCGGGGAUCAGUCCAAUGGGAGCCCCGAGAGCAGCGAGAUGUUCCGCUCCGGAUUCCAUCUCUGCGCGAAGGAGGUGUUGCAGCUCCUGGCCAGACAGGAGGACCCGCGUGAGCUGAGCCCCACGCACAUCGUCAACCACCUGCACAAGGUGGCCGGCGAGCUGCUGCGCCCCCCCGCCAGCCCCCGCCCGGACGCGCCCUCGCCCGGACGCGACCGCCCCGACGUCCGGCAGAAGGCGGCGGCGCCCCAGCCGCGGGGCCCCGAGGGCCACGCCAAGAACUGCGUCCCCGUCAUCCAGCGGACGUACCCGCAGGGCAGCGAGCAGAGCGGCAGCGACACAGACACGGAUAGCGGCUACGGCGGCGAGCUGGAAAAGCGGGAGGCCAAGGGCCCGCGGACAGGCUGCCGCGGGCGAGAGGGCGCGGAGCCGAAGUACGCCCGGACGGGCGCCAUCAAGGAGGAGCGGGACGAGCCGCGGGCCAAGCGCGCACGCUCGGACUCUUCCGAGGACGAGUCGCUGUCGGGGCACGAGGUGCUGGUGGCAGGCCACAGGCCCUACGUGAACUUCUCGCCCCACCAGCCACCUCUCUGCAUGCCGUUCUACCUCUUCCCCCCGAGCGCGGCCACGGCCGCAGCCUAUCUCCCCGUGCUGGAGAAGUGCUGGUACCCCGGGGGCAUGCCCAUGCUGUACCCCAGCCUCGGGGGCUCCGGGGCGUCCCUGUCACCCGACAAGCUCCCCUCGUCGAUGGUCAUGUCGCCCAGGGUGGCAUCCCCCAUCGCCCCUCAGACUCCCAUGGACUCUCCUGCCCUCCUCCAGGCCCUGAAGCAGGUCCCUCCCUUAAACCUGGAAACCAAAGACUGAGAGCUGUGUAGGAGCCCCCCCCCCCCCCCCCCCCCCCCCACACACGCCCACGCCCGCAGCUUGGCCCUCUGAAAGUGCUGGGUGAUGGGAGCGCUGACGGAGGACGCAGUGACGGAGAAGGAGGAAGAUGAAGAGCAUGCUGGAGCUUUCUUCCCCUUCCUCUGCCUUGAAGGGUUACGCCACCUACUCCCCCUGACUGCUACUCUUCUCACACACACACACACACACACACACACACACACACACACACACAAGCCCGGUGGAGAGAGAGUGUCCCUGUAGAGAUGGAUACGCACUGGACAUUCUGAUGAAGAUGAGGAGUCGAGAUAGGGCAACACCCAGAGUGCGCUGUUUUCAGUCACUGUGAAGAAGGUGAAUUUGAGAACACUGAGCUGUUCGCGUCAUUGAAGGACCCCUGCCGAAGCACUCGCGCUGACGGUUUGAUUUGAAACAUAAAUAAACAAGUAAACUACAAACAAAACGUAAAUCCAGAAUGUGAUGUGUACACACCCCCCCCAAACGAAAAACAAUAAGUCCUGCCCUUUGCACACACCUUUCUGUUUUGAAUGUAAACGAGAAAAAAAUAACUAGAGAAACCCCUGUAGAUGCUGCUUCGUGGUGUUUGGACGUUUCUCUGUGCUACAGAGCUUUGAGAGGAGCUUCACACUGUUGUGACUCUGUGGCUGCUUUAAACCAAGGCUGUCCUGUUUUUUUUGUUUUUGUUGUUGUCUUGUUUUUGUUUUUUUGUUUUUCACUUCUUUUUUUUUUUUUGCCUGGCGUGCUACCAAAUAAUGGUCUGUCUACUUUAGUUGACCUGAGCUACAUCACAGGAAACGGCAACUUCAAACAAUCGCCCCCAUCUCGUCCCCAUCUCUGAUUCAUCUGUUACCCCACAAACUGAAUCCCUCAAAUACUUGUGGGGGGUGACUUUGGCCCAAAAACAUGUCACUUGUGUACAUAAGGGAGUAAUGUAUUUUAUUUAUUUUUUCUUUUUUUUUUCUUUUUUUUAGAGCGAGAGCGAGAGAUUGUAAUAUAUCAUUGGUUGUGCAAGUAGUACUUGUGAGGUAACCAUGUUGUGUAAUGCAUUUGUUUAUACUACGUGUACAUCUAUAUUUUUGAUACAUGACCUGCAAGUUGUGUGUCUGCAUUGCGACAGAUGGGAGUUCCCGACUGGUUCGUUGUAGGUGAUGUUGGCAUCAUGUUCUAUGUUCAUUUCUGGUCAAAUUAAGACAGAUCUUUGUUCAUGCUGUUGCCUUUAUUUGUUUCAAGCAGUAAAAUAAUUACAGUUAUGUACAUUUUAAAUUCUGAAAUCUUUGAGAAGCGAGGAAAG